UCUGCCCCCAUACCUGAGAGAGUGCAUUCUCUGCUCAGAGCUUCAGGACGCUGAGCAGCGGUCGCCUAGCGCUCAGUGAAGACCCCCCCCACCCCUCCCUCUCUCUUCCCCCUGCGCUUCCUGGCCCGGUAGUUUAGGGACCUUGAGUUUCUCCACAGACGUCAAGCUGGACGCCGUGACAACAGAAUCGCCCCAAGGGGCUUUACCGAAUCCCAACACCAUGGGCUAUGGGGACGAGCUCACCCCCGAAGCUCUGAGCGUGCCGAGCGGGUUUGAUGACCUGAUCACCUCCUCCGCCUCCCAGGUGCUGCAGGCUAUUUCUAAUGCCGCGUCCGCGGUUGGUAGCUCAGGCCGCGGUAGUGUGCUCUCCAUGAUCCAUAAGCUGCCUGAGCAUAUCUCCAACAUGGGCAACCUGGCUGACACGUCAGGUCCCAUGGCUUCGGAUAUGGUGUCCCAGGAUGAGCGGGUACAGUUCUGGCUAGUAAUAGGGUACACCGUAGUGGUAUUUGCUGCCAUACUAGGCAAUUGGGUAUUAAACCAUGUGAUUAUGAAGUACAAGAGGGUGCACACUGCCACCGGCCUCUUUGUCGUCAACAUCUCCGUGACCAACAUGAUGCUGGCUUUUCUCAGCUCUCCCUUCACCAUGGUGCGCUAUUUGUGUAAUUCCUUGGUGUUUGGGAAGAUGACAUGCCACCUCAGUCAUUUUGCUCAGUACUCUUGUGCCUAUGUAACUGUGAUGACCAUGGCUGCUAUAUCUCUGGACCUACAUCGGGUGAUGCUAUAUCCUCUGAAGUCCCGAAUUACUCCAAUGCAAGGCAAUGUUUGCAUCAUUGUCAUCUGGAUUGUGAGCACCUGUGCCGCUUUGCCACACGCCAUUUACCAAAAGCUUUACCAAGUGGAGAUUGGAAACAGAACUGAUGAAACUAUCUGUGUCCCCAGUUUCUCAUAUACUUCAAAAUCCACAUGGAAAUACCUUGACCUGAGCACCUUUUUGCUCUUCUUCAUCUUGCCUUUGAUGGUGCUGAUGGUCGUUUACGGUCAUGUUGCCAAGAAGCUGUGGAUCCAUAAUGCUGUUGAUGAUAUCAACAUUCACACCUACAUCUGUCAGCGUGGGAAGAAGAAGCAAACCCUGAAGAUGCUGAUGAUGGUGGUGCUUGUCUAUACUAUCUGCUGGCUUCCUCUCAACCUCUACCUGGUGCUGCUAUCCAGUGAAUCCAUCUCAAGCCACAAUGGUCUCUACUUCUUCCUCCACUGGCUGGCAAUUAGCAGCUCAUGCUAUAAUCCUUACAUCUAUUGCUGGCUCAGUGAUAGCUUCCAGAUUGAAGUUCAGAAAGUCAUCAUGGAAAUCCAGAAGAUGCUGCUAGAUGGAAUCAGCCGCCUGAGAAGGGAGCACCGCCAGCUGAGCUCUGUCUCACCCACUCACCACCCUGCUUGGGUGGAUCCCAAUGCUGGAGUGCCCAAAUUCCCACGAUUCAAAGAUUUCGAUGAGCUACCCAGUCCCCCUCCAUCCCCAGAGGUGGAAACCUCCUUUCUCUACCCACCAGUGCCUAGAGUUUAAGCUGCCCAGACCGCGAUAGAUUAUCCAUCCUCAAAAUCUCUGAUAUAGGGUGGGACCAAAAUAAUUAGGUUUCAUUCAUUUUUCAUGGUGGGGGGAGUGGAGGGAGGGGUUGGAACUUGAGGAAUGGGGGCUAUGUGAGCCACCAUGUCUCACUUGCUCUUUCAUUUCCUUCUGUCUGUCUUUUCUUAUGUUCCCUAUUCCUACUUGUUUUCUUUCUCCCAAUAGUGAGUAAACUGAAGAUAUUAGAUUUCCAGGUUCAUCAGAGAUGUUUCUACAUCACUCAAAGGAAAGUUGCACUCUGGCUUGGAGUCUCCUGUGUUUCAUCUCUGAUUCUGGAGACUGUUCCCCUCACCAUUCUUUGUGUGUCCACCUGGCCAUGACACUUGUCUUCUGACAUCAUAGUCAUUGUCUCAGGAGCUGCAAGAGCCACCAGAGAUUCUUAUUUGUAUUUUAUUUAGAUGGACAAGAGGUCAAUGUCCAUAUCAUGUCCAAUACUUUUCCAGGAAAUGCCAGAAAAGAAAUGUAUAGUUCCUGAAACUUAAUCGGGUUCUCUGGGAACUUAGAGCUUCCUAUAAAUGCAAGUAGUCAUAUCUUAUCUCCUUAUGGCAGAAUGAGAAUGAGCUAUCUUACAGGAAAAGACAAGGCAGUUAAAUGGCUCAACCCACAUCACCUGGGAUAUUUUUCCAGAUUGCAAAUACACUUUGAUGACAACUUCCCUUUAAAUAUGGUGACAAUUUAAGUGCCCAAGUUAACGCUGCAAAAUCAAAAAAUUCUCCCUGUUUCUUGACCCUACAUUUAACAUAAUACUUUGUCUUAUGUAAACUUGCACUAUCUAGUUUCGCCUUUCUUUUUCUGGAAAAAAGAGAACGUGUAAUGUGUUCACUGUUAAUUUAAUUGUUUCCAGUUCUCUAGUCUAUGAGGAUUUCAAUUCAGCAGGAGAGAUGAGGAGGAAGUAAUGAUCUCAUCUUUCUCCUGCUAUUGCCUUUCAUGAGGAGACAAUGUUAUUAAGGCACAUUGAAGGGUAUAGCUUGUGUGUGUCAAGAUGAUGCCAAGAUGAGGUAGGAUUUUUUUCUCUUCCUCCUCAGCUUCCUCCCCUCCUUCUCUUGGUUCCCUUCCUCACACCCUCUCUUUACCC